AUGAUGCUUCCCGACUCUCCGCAGAAUAUUGUUGUGGUACGAGCGCCUUCGCCCUCCAUACACUAUAUUCCUGGCAGUAUGAACGGUGAUAGUCUCGUUCUACCUACACAAAAUACUCAACAACCAAUUCAAUCUUAUAGUCAUCCUGUGUCUGAAUCAUGGUGCUUAACGAGUGUCAAAGUGAUCAAAUUUUCGUUUAACUGGACAAUUAAUAACUUUUCAUUUUGCCGAGAAGAAAUGGGCGAAGCAUUGAAAUCGUCGUCAUUUUCUGCGAAUACGAACGAUAAAUUAAAAUGGUGUCUACGUCUGAACCCUAAAGGACUCGAUGAAGAAUCCAAAGAUUACCUGUCGCUUUAUCUCUUGUUAGUUGCUGCACCGAAUAGUAAAUGUGAAACACGUGCUAAAUUCAAAUUCUCCAUUCUCAAUGCGAAAGGUGAUGAAACCAAAGCUAUGGAAUCACAACGAGCUUAUCGAUUUGUUCAAGGGAAAGAUUGGGGUUUCAAAAAGUUCAUUCGUCGAGAUUUUCUCAUUGACGAAGCGAAUGGACUAUUACCAGAUGAUAAAUUAACUUUGUUUUGUGAGGUCAGCGUUGUCGCCGAUAGUAUUAAUACAUGCGGACAAACACAAAUAAAUCCGUUCAAAAUCCCCGAAUGUCGUUUGAGUGACGAUUUUCUGUCACUAUUGGACAAUCCUGUUUAUUCCGAUGUGACACUUGUCUGUGGACAUCGAGAAUUUCCUGUGCAUAAAGCUAUUCUCAGCGCUCGUUCGAAAGUCUUCCAAGCAAUGUUCGAGCACAAAAUGCUGGAAAAUGAACGUUCACGCGUAGAAAUUGAAGACAUCGAUGGUGACAUUAUGCUUGAAAUUCUUCGUUUUAUCUACACAGGAAAAACGCAAAAUAUGGAGAAAUUAGCUGACGCACUUUUACCUGCUGCUGAUAAAUACUGUUUAGAAAGACUUAAAGUUCAAUGUGAAGAAACCCUAUGUACAAUAAUCGAUAAAGAUAAUGUCGCUGAUACUCUUAUACUUGCUGAUUUGCAUUCAGCAACCCAAUUAAGGCAACAGGCUAUUGAUUUUAUCAACACGCAUCCACAAGAUGUAUUGGAAACGAGCGGUUUUCAAACAAUGAUCUGUACACAUCCACAUCUGUUAGCUGAUGUGUACAAAGCCAUGGCUUCUUUACAGAAUAACAUCAUCUGCCCACCGCGCAAGAAGCAAAGAACUGUAUGA